AUGUAUUGUUCAUCGCCAAACGAUGAACUUCGUUAUCAUAAAAGUCAAAAGAAAUGUUUACGACAAAAAUUACAAAAUAAAUUUGACAAAGAAUACAAUAAAACAACAUAUCCGUCUACAACCACCAGUGAAAAUAUGGAACGACGUUCCUCUGACCGUAGUAUAUUAACUAGUAUUUCAAAUUUAAGUGAAACCAAAAGGGUUUUUCGAUCUGGAGCUGAGAAAAUAACCAAAACAUUCAAUAAUGUGCGAACAAGUAUUGGAUCAUUUUCACAGAAAUUUAAAAUAUCAACGAAAAGACGACAAAGAUUAGAAGAAUGUCCAAUGACACCAGCAAGCUGUGCCACUCCACAAUCGGCUGGAGUUAGAGCUGUAUUAGGUCGUACACCCACGAAAUUGUAUAGUCCAUUUGGUAUUGAAUCACCAAUACGACAAUCAACUUAUGAUAAAGAAAAUUGUACACCAAAAAAAGAAAGUCCAUGGAUCCCUAAAAAAACUGGUAAGAAAUUACAAGCGGUACGUAUGUCGUUAACAAAAUGGAAUAAUAUUGUAAAUGCAAAUCAAUAUACGGAUAUGUCACCUGAUCAUAAAAAAGGAUGUGGUUUUAAUUAUCCUAUUAAACUACGAGCUUAA